AUGGCGCUGGCGGAAGGCGGCCCCGUCGCGCAGAGUUCGGCCCAGCAUCAUGCACUCCCAACCCUAGUCUCCCUGCGCUCCCUCUGGACGCCCACCGCACAGCCAGCUGGUCUGGGUGCCACAGCAGCAGCUCCAGCCCUGGGCAGCGGGUGCAGGCGCUUCAACAGCGGCGGCGUGGCGGCACAGCAGGCGGCGGCGCAGCCAGCGGCGGAAGAGCAGCACGAGGAGGAGGAGAGCCUGGAGCAGAUUCGGGCCCGCAUCUUUGGCACACACAUAGGCAACGGGCUGCGGUCGGGGCGCAAGGUGCUGCGGCGGCCGCUGCUGGGCCAGAAGCUGGUUGACUACUACCCUCCCGACCCCAUCAAGGCCGACCCGCUCAUGCUCAACCUCAAGGCCGAAAACGCCAAGCUGAAGCUGGAUCGCCUGCGGCGCCGCGGCAAGGCUCCCCCCAAGAAGGGCGCCGGCAAGCGCGCUGGCAAGAAGAGGUGA